CGGGCGGGCGGGCGCCGGUUGCUAAGGGCCCAGUGAAGCCGGGAGGGAGCUCCUCAACUGCGGGUUUCCCCCCCCACCUUUGCUCUCAAUUGGGAGUGUGUGUCCAUGGAAAGGUGUAAGGCUGAGGGUGUUAGUUUGCCGGUUUGAGUCACAGAUCUCUCAAAGGACGAGCAGAAAGCAUGGGUAUGAGAAUCAAACUGCACAGCGCAGACCAUCCCAACAAUCUGCUCAAGGAACUGAACAAGUUCCGUCUCUCUGAAACCAUGUGCGAUGUCAUUAUUGUGGUCGGGAACCGGACGUUUUCAGCUCACAAGUCUGUGCUGGCGUGUGCCGCUGGCUACUUCCAGAAGCUCUUCCUGCACUCAGAGGUCAACACGACAAGGACAUAUGUGGUGGAUUUCAUCACUCCGGCAAACUUUGAGCGAAUCCUAAACUUCAUUUACACGGCAGAGCUGUUCACUGACCUGAUCAAUGUGGGUGUGAUCUACGAGGUGGCUGAAAAGCUAGGAAUGCAGGACCUCCUCAAGGCCUGUUACUCCACAUUCCCUGACCUGGAGAAGACAGAGAGCAGCCGGCACCCACAGGGCCUGGGCAGGGGAUAUGGAGCCUCCGAGGAGCAGAACCCUGCCGGACCGGACUCCAGGAACUCUGGCUCGCAGCUGUGUGAGAACCGAGGCUACAUCAUGCAGGUGGAGGUCGGAGACAGCUACAAGAGCGAGGAUAGGAGUGUGGGCUCCGAGAACGGCCCCAGCCUGUCCGUGAUGUACCAACAACCCACCAAAACAGAGGAGGACAACUUGGAGAUGGAAUACAGCCAGGCCACCUCGACAGAGAGUAUCGCUCUACCCACAAGCAAAGGACCUUGUGAACUGUACGAGAUACAAAGCAAUGGGUAUUAUAAUCAGACCAGCCUCCUGCUGCCUGGGGAGGGUCUGAAGGAGAGUGGGAGUCCGUGUGUGAGUAACAGCGCUGAUCUGCAGGCUCAGGCGGCGAAGGAGAUGGAGUGCCUGCCGUUUGAGGGCAUGGACCACGAGACGCUGCAGUUUGAGGAGCAGCAGGAGAGCCGCUCGGGGGAGGUAAUUGAGCUGACGGAUGACAGCGAGGACGAGGAUCUGGUCUGUGUGAAGGAUGGGGAGGGUGAGGGCGAGAGCAAAGCGCUACCCUGCCAGGUGUGUGGCAAGCUGUUACCGGCCAACAUGGGGCUGAUCCGGCAGCACGGCAAACUACACAUCGACAUGAAGGCCGGCGUGUGCCGAGUGUGCGGAGGCAAGUUCACCGACAGGAGCUCCCGCAUCACCCAUGUGCUCUCUCACGUCGGCAUCUUCCUCUUCGCCUGUGACAUGUGCGAGAUGAAGUUCGUGACCCAGUGGCAGGUGGCGGGACACAGGAAAGCCAAACCCUACGACACCAACAUCAUCAUCCAACCCAACACCAUCCUCCCAGCCGAGGCCAGCUUCGGAGCCUCGCCCACGGAGCUGUUUUGUGCCGUGUGCGGGAAAGCCACAGCGAGGGAGUUCCUGGCUGUGAAGGAACACGUGCUCUCUCACCUGGACAUGAAAAGCCUGUCGUGCUGUGUGUGCGAGCAGCCCUCCCGCUCAGUGUGCAGCUUGAUGUGGCACGUGUUGUCCCACAUGAACAUCUCCAUCUUCUCCUGCUCUGUGUGCGGGGACAGCUUUGUGGACCAAGGGUUGCUGGAGCAGCACAUGUCCUCACACCAGGGCUUGGAGUCCUACUUGUUUGAGUGUAAUUUCUGCAGCAGAAAGUUCCGCUUGGAGGCUUCGUUCCAGAACCACAUGAAGAUCCACAAGAAGCACCACGCGGAGGGGGUGAAAGACCUCCUGGGGGGCGGGGGGGGGCAGCAGCACCAGUGGCUGAAAAAGACUCUAAUAAUGUCGCCUUCACAGGAGUCCACCAGUGACUGCCACCUGCCCGGGCUUCACCACGAGCUGCUGCAGGUCAAUCACGGCAAGGCCAGCGCCAAAGGGAAUUGGUACGAGUGUGAGUUUUGCCGGAAGCGCUUCUCCCACUCCAGCGAGUUCCAGUAUCACCUGCGGAUCCACUCGGGGGAGAAACCGUACGAGUGUAAACUGUGCCACAAGUUCUUCCGGGGUCGCUCCACCGUCAAAAACCACCUAAAGACACACUCGGGCGCCCUCAUGUACUGCUGCACUGUCUGCCACAAGUACUGCCCCACCCUGAACCUUAUGAUCAAACACGUGGAGGCCCACAAAGACGGAGGGCUUCCCCCUGACUUUAACAUCGCACAGACGUUCAUGUACAUUGUCCAUUCCAAACAGCCGGUCAAAAUGAUGGAAUAAAUUAAUAAAUCAAUAAAUUAAUAAAACGGUGACUUUUGAAGAAAGGGGCGCUUGUCCACCGGCCAUCAGUGUAGGUGUGAACUGACUGUAUUGGUAACUAGGCGUCAAAAUAAAAUCUAAGUUUAAUGUAAACAAGUGGAA